AUGGCAGCGUUUGUCUCCGGCGCUUUUACGCUGGUCUCGCGCGGGGCCCGGGUAGCGAGCUCGCGCACGAGCGCGCUGCACGGGCUGCGGCCGGUGCGUGCGGCGGGCCGCGUCGGCGGGGGUCAGUCGCGGCUCCCCGCAGGCGUUUUGAGGAGGACGACCACGACGUCGGCGGCAGACGGCCCGGCGGUGACGAACACGGUCUACUUUGAUAUCAGCAUCGGGGGCGAGGAUAAGGGGCGGAUCGAGUUUGGCCUGUUCGGAAAGGCGGUGCCGAAAACGGCGGAGAACUUUCGGGUCCUGUGCACCGGCGAGAAGGGGUUCGGGUACGCAGGGUGCGCGUUCCAUCGCGUGAUCUAG